CCGCAUUUUUUUCUUUCUUCAGAGUUUGACUGACUGCCAGGUGAACAAAGAAUGUCUUCAUACUGCUCCCAUGCCAAAUACAGAUGUAACUCACGUGGAACUUAAAGCAGUUCUGUGCUGUUCAGCCAGACAAGACUGUGAACCUUGUCUGAGAAUAAUCAUCACAAUCAAAGAAACGGGUCAUGCACAUUACAUUUCUGAGGAGUCUGGUGACCAAAAUGAUGAUGAGCUCACAAAUCCAGUGGCAGAGGGAAGUGCUCAGUUUCUGCCUCCUAAGUCAGAAGUGAAAGUGCAACUUAGCUCCCCGGGCAUCAUAGAUUGUUACAAGAUGAUCCAGUUUAAACCAAGCUACCAUCCUGAGUCCACGCAUGAGCUGCUGUUGACAGAGAAAGUGACAUUUGGCAGUGUUUAUGUAGUCAACGUCUACACACAUGGUGAUCAAAAUAUCACAAUCCCAUCCUUAGAAGAAGCAUGCUCCAUGGAGCUUGAAGGGAGUGUAAAGGACUGUGAAGUUCCCAGACUUCAAGCAGAGACUGAUAAGCAGAAAAAUUUGGUCCUGCAACUGAAAGACACCAACCGAACAGAUGGGCUGAUGGUCUCGAUACUUUGGAAUGAAAUGAGUAGAAAUAUCCUUGCAUGGCCCAAAGGGAAGGAAAAAAUGGUCCUUUCGUCAAACUUUGUUGCACCAUGCUUGUGCUUUCAGGUGUGGUGGUCUGAAAAGCCACUUCGAAAAGAAUUCUGCCCUUUCAAAAACCAACAAGAUGUACUGGAAGGAAUGCUGCACAAUGUGUCUGUGUCCAUGGUGGAGGGUGGCUCAGGGCUGAGCUGGAAUGUGACUGCCCCCUGCAGGCUGGAGGCAGUCGUGUGGCUGUGCAAGAAAGACCCGGUAGGAGGCCAGUGUGAGGAGGUGACGGGCUCCAGACAGAGCCUCCACAGCAAUAUGGAUGCACGCUGGAUUGCAACACAUAACGGACACUGGAAAAUCGGACAUUUCAACGGGACAUCACACCCUCUGCUUUGUGUUCAGAUGAAGAUAAAUGGGUCGGAGUCAUCCUUGGAACCCCACUGUCCAUUUGAAACCCCUCGAUUGAGAUGGGGUCUGCCACUCCUCAUCGGAUUACUACUGAUUGGUUUGGCCGUUCUCGGAGCCUAUUUUGUUCAAGGGUUCAUAAAAGUAAAUGUGUUGAGACGGCUGAAAAAAGAUGAUGUUAAAGGUGCUGUGGGUGGCUGUCAUGUGGUGUUGUUGUACCCGCCUGAUGAUGACCAGGCUUUGCCAGGGCUCAUGUGCCACCUGGGCUCAUCCCUGCAGGCUCUUGGCUUCAGUGUAUCUCUGGACCUGUGGAACCAGGUUGAGCUCAGCGCACUGGGCCCUGUGCCUUGGCUCCACUCAAGACUGGACAAACUUCAAAGGCAGGGCGGCAAAGUGGUGCUAGUCCUAACCCAAACUGCGUGGAUAAGGGCUGAAGAAUGGGGAGCUGCCAGCUGGGAAAGAAACACACCUAGGGAGAAGAACAUGGAGGAAAAGGAGGCAGGAAGAAGCAACACUACAUCUCCUUGUGCAGAUGUUUUUAGUGCUUCAUUGAGCUGCAUUCUGGCAGACUAUUUACAGGGCCGUGCUGGUGAGAGGUUUAUGUUAGUGCAGUUUGAAUCACUUCCACCUGAGCCUCCAGGUGGCUGCCGACCGCUGCCAGAACUUUUCCGCGGCCUUCAUCUUUACAGCCUCCCUUCCCAGAGUCUGGGUUUUCUGACUGAACUUGCUGGGGCUCGACAAAUGGCUACUGCAUCAGCUAGACGGAAGAGGGCAGGGGGGCUCAGAAUGGCAUCCCGAGCUCUGGCACGCGGGCUGUCAGGGUUCACAGCAGGAACAACUGUGUUUCGCCUUGCAGGGAUGCCCCAGACUUGUGUCAGGGUAGGAGUGGAAGACUCUGGGGAGACAAUGCCCUUGCAACCAUGUCAUAUUUCACCACCCUCCAGCCCUGAUACAAGCCUCAAGGUCAGUGAAAUGGAAUGGGUCUGACAGCAGGGGGAGGAUGACAGAUGACCAAGCUUUAGUUUUUGGAUGCUUUCAUGAACUUCAAGAAACUGAAGUGAUACUCAAGAUGGUGGAAAAGAAGGUGACAG